CAGGUGAGGAGGCGAGUCCGCGGAAGUGGUGAGCAGCGGCGGGCGCGCGGAAGUGGAGAGUCCUCCGGGACCCUGGCCAUGGACCAGCCAGCUGGCCUGCAGGUAGACUACAUCUUCAGGGGUGUGGAGCAUGCCGUGCGCGUGGUGGUGUCUGGGCAGGUGCUGGAGCUGGAAGUGGAGGACAGGAUGACGGCUGACCAGUGGCGUGGAGAGUUCGAUGCUGGCUUCAUCGAAGACUUGACUCACAAGACAGGGAACUUCAAACAGUUCAGCAUCUUCUGUAACAUGCUGGAGUCGGCCCUCACCCAGCUCGCUGGUUGUCUUCUGCAGAACAGUGAGUCGGUCACCCUAGACCUGCUCACCUACACAGACCUGGAGUCCCUGCGCAGCCGCAAGCUGGGGGGCCACCCUGGAUCCUUGGCUCCGAGGUCGGCACAGCUCAAAUCCAAGCGCUACCUCAUCCUCAUCUACUCUGUGGAGUUUGACAGGAUUCACUACCCACUGCCCCUCCUGUACCAGGGCAAGCCAGACCCUGUGGUCCUGCAGGGCAUCAUCCGCUCACUGAAACAGGAGCUGGUCCGCCUUCGGGGACUGGACGGCCAGGACACCCGGGACAAGUGGGAGAGGGAGAUCUGGCACCUGCGGGAGCAGGUAUCUCGUCUGGCGUCUGAGAAGCGAGAGCUGGAGGCGCAGCUGGGCCGAUCCCGAGAGGAGGUGCUGGCGGGCCGGGUGGCGUGCCAGGAGGCUGAAGCGCUGCGCGGGCUUGUGCGGAGCCUGGAGCUGGAGCUGCGGCAGGAGCGUGGCCUCGGGGGUCGGGCGGGGGGCUGGCGAAGCCAAGACUGCCGCCGCCUGGCCAAGGAGCUCGAGGAGGUGAAGGCAUCAGAGCAGAGCCUUCGAACCCGGCUGAAGGCACUGAACAGCGAGCUGGCGCUGUAUAAACGGGGGAGACAGACCCUGCCAGUGGCGCCCGCCCUUGCCCGGGAAGACCGGGCUUCUUCGUCCCGGGAGCGCUCCACAUCUCGAGGCCGCGGGGCCACCCGCUCCUCGUCGCGGGAGAGCGGCCGUGGGGCCCGAGGUCGCGGCCGACCGGCCCGCCCCUCACCCUCGCCCACAGGUGGUCGCGCACCCCGUUUCGACCCCACGGCCUUUGUGAAAGCCAAGGAGAAGAAGCAGAGAGAGAUCAGGAUGAAGCAGCAGCAGCGGAAUCGAUUGGGCAGUGGAGGCAGCGGGGACGGCCUUUCCGUCUCCUGGUCUCGCCAGACCCGGCCCGCUACCGCCGUGAGCGGCCGAGGGGACGCUGCUAACCGCUCUCGGAAUCGCAGCCCCUCCGUGGACAGUUUCCGCAGCCGCUGCUCCUCCGCUAGCUCCUGCAGCGAAUUCGAGGAUUUCUCCCAGUCACUCUCCAGAGGGCGUCACUGCCGCGGCCGUGGGAAGCCACCCAGCCCAACACCCUGGAGUGGGUCCAAUCCGAAGUCUGCUCAUCGAAAACACAGCAAUUCUCAGAGAUGCCUGGCUAAUUCCGGAGACUGGGUUCCCAUCAAAGAGUACGGCUCCAACUACCAGGAGGCUGACAUGGCUGAAAUUGAUGCCCGCCUGAAGGCUUUGCAAGAAUACAUGAACCAACUGGACACACGGUCAUGACCCUGGGGAGGUGGUACCCUGCUCUCCACCCUACCAUCAGUGGGUAUGUCUUGGAGGCAGGGCUCCACCCAUGCCCCACUGCUCCAAGUGCUCCUGAUUCCACCCUCUCACCCAGUAAUGCUGGAAGAAGAGGGUAUGCUCAUUUUGUAAAUAAACAUGUUUGUCCUUGGGA